UUUUCCUUCUUCCAGAACAAUGCAAAAGCACCUUUCACGUCCAUUCUCAAACCCACCAAAGCCCUACCUCUCUUAUUUCUUCUCCCACUCUGUCUCCAAAACCACUUACGACCCUCCAUUUUCCCCUAUUUCCAAAUCCCCAAAACCCAAAGGUCCCAAACCAAAACUCCCCGACACUACCCCCAACCCAAACCCUCCUCCUCCUCUCAAGUCAGACCUCCCAUUUGACUUCAGGCACUCGUACUCUGAAACCGACCCGAACCUUGAACCCAUUGGGUUCCGAGAACCCAAGAGGUUUUCUCCAUUUGGACCUGGCAAGCUUGAUAGGGAAUGGACUGGGACUUCAGCCCCUGCCCGAGAUGAAGUGAAUGGUUGUCGAGUCGAGGAGGAGAGGAGACGGGUUCUUGGAGACCCACUUACGGAGGUGGAAGUUGGGGGGCUGGUUGAAAAGUAUCGGCAUAGUGAUUGUGCUAGGCAAAUCAAUCUGGGGAAGAAUGGGGUCACUCACAACAUGUUGGAUGACAUUUACAAUCAUUGGAAGAGAGCUGAAGCUGUGAGGAUCAAGUGCUUGGGGGUGCCAACUCUUGACAUGGACAAUGUCUGUUUCCACCUUGAGGAUAAAUCUGGGGGGAAGAUCAUCUACCGCCACAUAAAUGUCCUCAUUUUAUACCGGGGUCGAAACUAUGAUCCCAAGAACCGACCAGUCAUACCUCUUAUGCUAUGGAGGCCUUAUGCUCCUAUAUAUCCGAAGCUUGUGAAGAAUGUUGCUGAUGGCCUGACAUUUGAAGAAACCAAAGAAAUGAGAAACAGGGGACUCCACUCUCCUGCUCUUAUGAAACUUACAAGGAAUGGAGUGUAUGUAAAUGUAGUGGCAAGAGUCAGGGAGGCCUUCGAGACCGAAGAGGUAGUUAGACUAGACUGCACCCAUGUUGGUACCAGUGACUGCAAAAGGAUAGGCGUGAAACUAAGGGACUUGGUUCCUUGUGUACCUAUUUUAUUCAAGGAUGAACAGAUUAUACUCUGGAGGGGAAAGAGAGAUCAGGAACUCAACUCUGACAUUUCAGAUGCCAAUGAGAAAUCUCUGGAUGCAUAGUUGAGGUUGCAAACUGGAAAUCUGAGACUGUUACGAACUGGUGGUCAUUUAUCAUGGGGAAACAUCAACACCCUAAGAGAGGAAAAGAGUUGGAUAGUACGCUCUGAGGCCAAGGUUUGUUGGAUUCAUUUCUUGUUGAUUCCGUUGCCCAGAGAAGCUAUCGUUGCUUUCAGCAUCGGUGCAUCAGUCAAACUGCAGUCCAGGCAUAAGGUAGCGUGUAUUGACCUUGUACAAGUUUGUCAUUGUCAUGAGAUGUAAAAACUUGUCGUUGUGUUUUAAACCUAGUACAAUUUUGGAGGUUUGUUGCCCCAACAAGAAUCAACUGUUAAUGAAACAUUGGACUAAGAAAGUUGAUGCAAUCCCUUUAGAUUGCAAGUAUGGCAAGUCCUUCAUGGGCUGCAGAUGACAUGAAACAUAAUUCAAUGGUCAAUGUCUGUAGAUUCAUUGAUGCUUUACAUG